AACUGUUGAAAGAUUCCUGGAGAGCAGCUCUCUCUUCCCUUGUCGGCGCGACGGCGAUCGGCGAUCGGCGAUGCCUCAGGAGGAGAUGGAAGCCGCCGGCUCCGCUGGGGAGAAGCGAGACCAGGAGACGCUGGAGUCGGUGCGGUCGGUGGUGUUCAAGCCGUCCAUAUCCUUGGAGGAGAAACGAUUCACCAAGGUCGCCGGGUACGACUUCAACCAGGGGUUGGAUCUCCUCGGUCUCCUGGACUCUUUGUCCGGCACCGGAUUUCAAGCCUCCAACCUCGGAGACGCCAUUGAGAUUGUCAACCAGAUGAUAGAUUGGAGGCUCUCCCAUCAGUCGCCCACGGAAGAUUGCGGUGAAGAAGUGCGGAAUCCUGCCUACAGGGAAUCGGUGGGGUGUAAAAUUUUUCUAGGAUUCACGUCGAACCUUGUAUCUUCGGGAAUUAGGGAGAUCAUCCGAUUCCUUGUGCAACACAGCAUGGUUGAAGUUUUGGUGACAACUGCUGGCGGUAUAGAAGAAGAUCUAAUCAAGUGUCUCGCCCCAACUUAUAGGGGUGACUUCUCUCUGCCGGGGGCUUCUCUACGUUCAAAAGGGUUGAAUCGAAUUGGAAACCUGUUGGUGCCUAAUGACAAUUACUGCAAAUUUGAGGAUUGGAUCAUGCCAAUUCUGGACCAAAUGUUAACUGAACAGACUAUAGAGAAUGUAAUAUGGACUCCUUCAAAAGUGAUUGCUCGCCUUGGCAAAGAAAUUAAUGAUGAAAACUCGUACCUGUACUGGGCAUACAAGAAUGGUGUUUCGGUCUAUUGCCCAGCAUUGACUGAUGGAUCACUGGGGGAUAUGUUGUAUUGUCAUUCAGUCCGGAAUCCUGGUUUGCUUAUCGACAUCGUGCAAGAUAUCCGAGCUAUGAAUGGAGAAGCCAUACAUGUGGAUCAGAGAAAGACUGGGAUCAUUAUUAUCGGUGGGGGCCUUCCAAAGCACCAUAUCUGUAAUGCCAACAUGUUUCGAAAUGGUGCAGAUUAUGCCGUUUAUAUCAACACUGCACAAGAAUUUGAUGGAAGCGACUCGGGAGCUCAGCCCGACGAGGCAAUUUCAUGGGGGAAAAUAAAAGGUUCUGCUAAGACAACUAAAGUCCACUGCGACGCAACUAUUGCUUUUCCCCUACUGGUGGCUGCAACAUUUGCAAAGAAAUUUCAUAAAAAAGCCAAUACAAACACAGUGUGCUGAUAUUAGCAGAAAGGCUCAAGUACUCCAGUCGCGAGGCUGUCCCCCGGCUGUUGAAGAGGUAGCCUACCACAAUUUGAACUGGCUUGAACCAACGACUCUGAUGGACCAGCAUAGGCUCUGACCGGGUCUGCUCGUGCACGGUUCAUUGUCACACCGUGAACCUUUCUAUAGUGAUUCCUCGGGCUCCCUCUCUACGACAUGGUGGAGAAUAUAGUGGACAAACAAACAUGUAGUCCACUUGAAAUCUUCCUUUAGGAAACAAGAUCUAUCCUUUGCUUUCUAAGGUUUACUUUUCAGAUUAUAAAUGAGCAGUAUACACUAUUUAAAAAAACAUAAAAAAUUAUUUUAAAUUGUAUGGUAAAAUAAACAGCAAAAAUCAUGAUUUUUUUUUAAGGAAUGGGCGCUCUUAUUUGAUUUGUUA